AUGCCAGUGAAGUUGCCCGGCUACAAGCUGGAUGGGGUGUCGGAGGCAUGGGCCUCCAGCGCCGAACUUCUCGGGCGCAUGAGCACGAAGAGACGCCUCAUCGAGGCACCGGCUGAGGAGGAGGUGAAGUGUUGCAACAAGCACGUCUCACACAACCAUAAUGUGCUACGUCCUCUGUUGGAAGCUGUUGCCGAACAACCGAAUUGGGAGUUAUUCCACUUGGAUGCUGUGUAUGCGCAGCUUGUGAGUAUUCGCAACAAGAUGAAGGUCCCGAACAACCAGGACCAAGUGAGGUUGGAUGCGACCUGGGCCAAGAGUAUGGUAUCGUUCGUGAAGAUGAAAGUCCGAAAGGGCCAAUCGGCACGAGAUCCCGUCUUCUUUGAGCUGCAGCGCAUCCUGGAUCCAGAUUUGCCCCCGCCAACUAUCAGGGACCCGGCUACGGAGGAGGAUGACGAGGAUGCCGACGAUCGGGGCGACGGUGAUGACGAGGAAUCGGACGGUGCCGCAACGGGUGUUGAGCGGUCGGAUGAUGAAGAGUUGGAGGCUGCGGAGCCAUCCGAUCCGGAGCCACAUGUUGAGGCUUCAGGGUCAUCCGGGCCGCCGGAUGCACGGGUCGCGGCUGCAUCGCGAAGCAAUCGGCUUGAGUUCAUGGCAGGCGGCAUCAUUAUCGAGGACAGUCCGGCUACGGACCGCCACGGCAAUGCGGAGCACCUGCAGGGGAGUAUGCAGAGGCUGCAGAGGAUGCAGCACUUGAAGCAGCAGAUGGAAGAGGCCAGGGAGGCCCUGCAGCGGCACCCGGUAUGCAUCAGGUCGACCAAGCCUGCAGAGAAAGUGACUUUCACUGAGAACCCGCCAACAGGUGUGGCUCCCCGGGCGCUCACCUUCGCCCUGGACAACGAUGAGACGCAAGUGCAGGAUGCAGAGAUGCCGUUUGCCAAGGCAGAGGACGUGCCAAUCCCGAGCCGCUCCCCUACACCAGAGGUUGCACAAGGAACACCGCCCCAGACUCCGCCUACACAUGGGCGCUUCAAGAGUGAUGAUGAGGAGGAGGCCGGACCGAGAUUCGCGAUCCCGGGGUCACCGGCUCCUGGGUCGCCUAUGGGGGAUGCUCCUAUCCCGGCUUGGGCGAGAAGGGCGAGAUCUCCUUCGAAUGCCUCGACGGACUCCGCGGAAAGGCUCCGUCGACGUUGUGCCGAGGUGCGCAACAGGGUGAGUGUGCGCAAGGAUGAGGUGCUCACCCGCCGCCAGCAGCUUGCUGGGCAUCCAGAGGGCUUUUGGACGGCAAGAGAGGAGGAUGCCGAGAUCGCGGAGAUCCCUGCAGAUGGACCCCUUUCGGCUGAGGAGGAGAAGAUCUUUGCCAAGAUCAAAGGCAGUGGCAAGGGCAAACGUGGGAAAGGCAAGGCCCACAAAAACAAGAAGGCCAAGCGCAAGGCCAAGGCUCUUGCUGAAGAGGACAGCAAGAAGCCUGCAGCAUCCCCGGUCAAAUCGAGGUAUUGGCCGAGUCCCAAGAAAGGGGCCAAGCCUAGCAAGUCGAAGGCCGUGUCUCCCAAGGCAAAGGCAAAGGCAAAGGGAAAGGCAAAGGCGAAGGCUGGGGCAAAGGGGAAGGGGAAGGGGAAGGCGAAGGCAGCGGCAAAGGCCGCUGCUUCCGUGCCAGAGCCCGUUGAGCCCGCUGAUGCUCCUCCCGGUCCCGAGGUUGAGGCUGAGCAGGGUGAUGCAGGAGUCCGAUCCCGGAGCACAGUGAACAUGCCCAGGCCGAAGCGCUCAGCUGAGGAUGCUGAGCACCGCGCACGGCUCGCGUCCAGGCGCAAGGCCCUGCCGACCACGAUCGACGGCAUCAUGGAGCACCUGAAUGAGGAUGAUGAGUGCAUGCGCAUCGUUCUGGCCCAGCUGGCCUCCAUGAAUGACGCGAUUCCGGUGCCGACGAAGGAUGAUAAGCACCUGCUGCCGGAGUACAAUCACUGGCAGUUGUCCGUGUAUUGGACGCGACAGAAUGUCGGCAUCCUGAGGAGGUCUCCCGAUGGCCCGCCUACCUACUGCGGCACGAUGAGUGGUGCUGGGUGGGGUGAUGUGCGACUGGCUCUCGAGUCAGUGGAGCUGUUUGCGCCUGGUCCUGCAUUGUCUUACAUAUAG